AUGACGACGCUUAGUCAGACUGAUGAUGUUGGGAAUAAUAAAUCUGAAAGCAAAACUGAAAAUGCGUUUGGAACAGUUUCCAUUUCAAGGAAUAAUAACAAUGCUAAUGAAGAUCUUCGGCGCCUGUUUAAUUCUGAGACUGUCGAGUCGUUAGAGGAGGCAGCUACCAACACGGUGUCCCGGGACAGCUCUGAAAAUGUGUUCAGUGUAAGCUUUUUAACUGACAGUUUUCCAGUAUUAGACGACGAACUAAACAUCAGCACUGACGAGAUCGGUGACAGCCAACAAGAUGGUGAUCAGAUCGAGCAGAUGGCACAUGUAGACAGAAGCUCAUUCACCGGAAACUCACCGGGUCAAGGAGAUGGAAGUAUUGGCAGCGGUAGUCACCGAGAUACUGCCGUAACCUCUCCGGAGUCAGUGACACAAAACCAGGCUGAUGACUCGCCUCAUCUGUGCGUUGAUAGACGCGAGACGUUGCUGUCGCCUACUGCUAAAGCUACUUUAUCCAAGCACCUGCUUGAAGAUGUCAUCAGCAGCAAAGCACGAGCUGAACAGCUUGUUGCCCAUAACCCAGAAGCCAGCCACAGACAGGUCAUCCAUGACUUUAAUUCAUCAUCGCCAGAGCCAACUUUGACUCCGGCUGGUCAUCUUAUGUCAGAGCUAGGAUUGCUGGAAACGUCUGCGAGAGAUCAACGGGACAGUCUGCAAGUGGCUCUGCAGCAGCACCAGAUAUACCUGAGGGAACUUCACCUCCUCACCCACGACAUUGAUGAGGCGCAGAAGAAGUUGCAGGAGUCUUCGGUAUCAGCAGAGAGUGUUGGAAAGCUGAGGCAGCUGAUGACGGAGCGCACAGAUCUCACCGAACAGAUCAAGCGUUACAACAUAGAAAUCAGUGAAGUUAAUGAGAAGAUUCGCCAGCUUGCCUUAGACAGUGCGCAACUGAGUCCCAGUGUGUUUCGCAAACACUACCAUCCAGAAUCCGCCUACUCGGACUACUUCGCUGCCACAGCGCAGAAUAAAAGAGUAGUUCCUGUUCAUUCACCAGGGCAAUUGUUUUACGAUAGUUUGCCAGAAUUCGACUUUCAUGCUUUCAGUGAUGAAGACUCUGUGUUAUCCUUAGCGAGAUUAACUCAGGAUGAACUCGAAGAGAGGAUACAGUCGGAGCAUCAAAACUCCGAACAUUGUACAACUCCUAUAUCUCUUGAGCUUCCUCGUCUGAUUCCUCCACCAAGGACGGACUCUAUUCCAAGACCAACUUGGAGUGGUGAAAUUCUCUCUACUGCAACGUCAUCGGAUAUGUCAAGGGGUACGAGUGUAUCACAUUCCAUAGACAGCCCCAGAACCAUGGCUAAGGCGUUUGAAGCUUCAGCUUCGACAUCUAAAUCAGUAGGUUUAGCCUCAGUUUUAGCACAACAGACAACUGAAAGUUGCAACUCAACCAUAACCGCUGAAGCCGGCCCAGAGAUGCUCCAGUCUGCUGAUGCUAGUAACACAGACAUAACAGAUACCGGUACUGGCGAAUCAUCCUGCAGUCUUCUCCAUCAUGACACAUUUUCAUCUCCUGUCAUCGACUCAGAGGUCAGUUAUCUAACUCUAGCCCCCAGAAGUUCACAGAAGGAAAGUCCAGAUGGAGGCCAACAGACUGGGGUUAUUGCUUCUUCUGAAUAUUUCCCAGAGACAAAUGAAAGUCCUAGCACUGGGCGCACUUCGACGAUCACUUUAGCGCAGCUUGAUACUGGCAGUGAGGCACAGGAUGAUUGGUCACAGCAGGCAACAGGGGCCAGGGUUACGCCUAACGUGCAAGCGCUGGGACCAGACAGUCCGCCAAGCAUCUCGAGGAUAUCACCACACGGACAGGAUGCCAAAGAGAGGAACCAGAAGGGAAGUCUUGGAGUGGAAACAUGCAAAAAACAAAUUGAUGAUGUUAAAAACUGGCUGGAAAAAAAUAUAGGCCAGCAGUUGUCCAUGCCUCUGUCCUUAGAGAAACAGGCCAACUUGCAGACACAGUUGCUUGAAAACAAGGAUAUUCAAGAACAGAUCAGUAAACAGAUGCAGAAGUUAUCUGAACUCAUACUUCAGUGUGACAGUCUGUCGAGUGAAGAUUCCAUUGCAGCACAACAAUUGCUUGCUGAUUUGUUAGCUCUGCAGAGGGAUCUAGAGCAGGCAAAGCAGGCUGCCAUUGAAAAACAGCUUAUGUUGGAAGCUGCUGUCAGUGAAGCAGUUGACAGUGGAGAAGGGAGAGCAAAU